UGUUUACUUUUCCAGCAACAACAAAUCUCGCGCAAACCACCCCCACCCCCACAAAUCGCGCGACUUCAGCAGCAGUGUGAGUGUUUACGUUUCGUUCCACCACCCUCUUUCGCUCGAGCUCCCGUUUGUCGUGUUUUAUUGUGUCGCGCGUAAAUUUAGCCGCAGUGGGUGCGCAAAAAUAGAACAAACACACUUUAAUUCGUUUUGGCGGACGGUUUGAUGGCAGCGGAACACACGGAAAUGGCCGCCCCAGUCCCGUCCGGUAGCAGAACCAUCACGGAACAGAUUCCCGCCAGCAGCAGCGGUGGCGACAGUAGCAGCAGUCAGGUUAGUAACACUGGCCGUGGAAAUUUUCCGCUGGAAGGGGUGAAGGUUCUGGAUCUGACACGGAUUGUGGCUGGACCGUACUGUACCAUGGUGUUGGCUGACCUUGGCGCGGAAGUGUACAAGAUUGAGCGCCCGUUUCACGGCGAUGAGUCGCGCAAGUGGGGCCCUCCCUUCUUGAAGGACUCGGAAGAUUCCGUUUAUUUCAUGGCCUCGAAUCGAAACAAGAAGAGUGUUUGUGUAGACUUGAAGAAAGGUCGAGAAGUUAUUUAUGAUCUGGCGCGUAAGUGCGACGUGCUGGUGGAAAAUUACAUUCCUGGUAAGCUGGACCAGAUGGGACUUGGUUACGAAGAUCUGGCCAAAAUUGCACCGUCGCUAAUUUACUGUUCCAUAACCGGGUACGGGCCAGUUGGGCCAUACAAAUCAAAACCUGGCUACGACGUAAUAGCUGCCUCCAUCGGUGGAUUGCUGCACAUCACUGGGAGUGAAGACGGCCCCCCUGCAAAAGUCGGCGUGGCCAUCACUGACAUCGCUACCGGACUGUACGCACAUGGUGCCAUCCUGGCCGCACUCCUCCAACGUCAUCGCACAAACCGUGGCCAAAAGAUCGACGUCAACCUGCUCUCAACCCAGGUCGCCUGUCUUAUCAACGUGGCCAGCAACUAUCUCAACGCCAACAAAGAAGCCAAACGCUGGGGAACCGCCCACGAAAGCAUCGUUCCGUACGAGGCCUUCCCAACCAGUAACGGCCACAUCACCAUCGGCUGCGGCAGCAACGCCCAGUUUGAAGCGCUCUGUACCUACCUCCAAAUCCCAGAAGUAGCCAACGACGAACGCUUCCGCACGAACCAAACCCGUGUCGCCCACCGUCAAGAAUUGAUCACAAUCCUCGCCCCCAUCAUCGCCCAAAAAUCCUCCCCCGAAUGGAUGACCAUCUUCGCCGACGCACCCUUCCCCGUGGGACCCAUCAACAGCAUGGCCGAAGUGUUCCAGGAUCCGCACAUUCGCGCCAUCGAGCUGGUCAAAAGCUUGGAUCAUCCAACGGCGGGCGAGGUCAAGGUCGUGGGACCACCCGUCGUUUACAGUGAAGCCGCAAACCGGGCCCGGACGGCGCCGCCUCUGCUCGGCCAGCACACCGAGCAGGUCUUGCGAGAUUUGCUGCAAUACAGUGACGAUAAGAUCGUCGGGCUGCGUAAAACGGAAGCCAUUCAGUGAUUGAUAUUUUAUGUUGUGUUGUUCAUAUUCCGAGAUAAAGCAUUUAUAUUUUGAAGCAAUGAAAUUGUAUGACGAUUUUA